AUGCACGAACAGUUUCCACCGGAAGUGCUAGAGAAACGGCGCAAACUGGUUCCCCACAUGAAAGAUGCCAGAAAGGAGGGUAAACGUGCGUGGAUCGCAUACGAUACCCUGUACGUCGAUGGCAAGCCGGGGCAACACAUACAGCGGCUUGAAGCGGCGGAUUUUACGAUCCCCAGCGAUGACGUGUUGGCCAACAUGACUAGAGCGGACUGGCUAAACGUAUUCUGGAAGUACAUCAACCGCCUUCAGGCGCUGUGCAAGGACGUGAUUAGGGUGGGGACUCUAAAUGACGGGGGUAAAGAGAUAUGUGUAGACGAGCCUUACAGACCGCGGGCUCCUUGCAUCAUAUACUCGUUCGGGAUAAAUAAUAACUUUCUGUUUGACAAUGCUGCCGUGGACUUGUUCGGUUGUGACGUGUAUUGCUUUGAUCCCAGCAUGACGAAUAGCUCUGGUCGUGUCUCGGAACACGUCUGGUUCUAUAAGUUGGGCCUAGCGGGAGAAAAUAAAGUGAAUUCGAAAGGAUGGAGUCUAAAAACACUGGACGCCAUUAAACAAAUGCUUGGACACUCGAACAAAACCAUAGACAUCCUUAAGGUCGAUAUAGAGGGCGAUGAAUGGGCUUCACUUCUUCAGAUGGUCCCGGCGGGGUCGCUUCGAAACGUCAAACAGAUCGCCAUGGAAACGCACUUCCUGUCCAAGCAUCCGCACUUGUCGGAGAUGUUCGGAAAUGAUCAAAUACCCGGAAACAUGCAGUUGUCUGCCCUUAGACAGCUAUACGAGGCGGGUUUCCGGAUAUUUAUGCGGGAACGCAACCUAGUGCUUCACCAGAAGUGGCCUGGGCUGACAAGACCGAUCACCAAUCUGAAUGAAAUUUCCUUGAUCCAGGAAAAUUUCGCUUAUGCGUAAUAAUUGGGCUUAUUUUCUGGUGCCCGAUCGACCACGAACAAUUUCCGAACAUAGCAUUAUAGUAGGAUAUUUAAUUGAUUGUCGUCAUUAUCAGAAUAUCAAUUUGACGGACGUCAUUUCAAAGAUCAUCAACUUGGUUGGUGUUAUUUUUGGAUCACAAAAUAGUUUGACCAAAUAUCUUAAAACAAGCUAAAUGUCGAUUAAAUUGUCGGAUAUGUUUUGUGUUCUUCUAUUAGUUAUGCCCCCGGUAGGAGGGCAUAUAGUGAUCGGACUGUCCGUCCGUCUGUCCGUCUUUCCGUCACACUUUGCGUUGAGGCUUCGAAAAAUGCUCAUAACUUCUAUGUCUCUUGAGAUGUUACCUUCAUAUUUGGUAUGCAUGUGUAUAUGGACAAGGCCUUUCCAUACGCACACAAAUUUUGACCCCUCUGACCUUGACGUUGAACUUAGGGUCGGCGUUUAGGUUUCGAAAUCUGUGUUUAGGUUUCGAAAAAUGCUCAUAACUUCUAUGUCCCUUGAGAUAUAACCUUCAUUUUUGGUAUGCAUGUGUAUAUGGACAAUGUCUUUCCAUACGCACACACAUUUUGACCCAUGUGACAUUGGCCUUGAACUUAGGGUCCGUGUUUAGGUUUCGAAAAGCUCAUAACUUCUAUCAAGCGUUUAUGGGGGCAUAAGUCAUCCUAUGGUGACAGCUCUUGUUUUUAAUUAUGUAAUGCGCUUAUGAUAUUAAACACUUGUGAUGUUUUGAGGCUCGGCUUUUAAACGGCGUAUCUGAUACCACUUAUUCUGAACUUUUAUUAUAGUUUUUCAUUUAUCAACGUUUUAUCUGUUUUGAAAAAAAAUUCGUUCAUUCUCGUAACAACUUUCACCGUGAACAUUGCAGAGUAAAAAAAACGUAUCGAGCAUGAAACAAUAAUAAUUGUAACGGAUUGACAAGGAUAUCAAGAACUAUUUUACUUGCGCAAAUGUUUGAAAGGUAUAUUUUAUUAGGCAUUUAUUUAUAUAAAUAUUUUCUUUAUUAGAUAAAAUAUUUAAAAUUACCGGAGAAAUAAUUCCUGAUUACUUUUCUCAAAAGCGUAAAUAGAGACUUCCUUUUUGAAAAUGCUUGAUUGAUCUGAAUUUCUUUGUCAUGUCACGUGUCAUGUCACGUGUAUAAUAGAAAAUCAUCAAACAGAAUUGAAUAUGAAUGGCAGAUUAAUGUUAAUUCUACCGUUAGUGCUAACUAAUUUAUAGUAAUAUUCAAAUUGAAAUCGUUACAUUUAAUUAAUUUUAAAUUUUGAAAUGCCUUACCUAUGAGACAAUAUCUGGAUGCUGCUGAUUAAACCCACGUGGCAUUAGAGCUGAUCAUCAUAGUACAAAAUGCAUGUUAAAGUCCUGAGUAUAUGCAAUAAAAAUGUGUGCUAAUCCGAGUUUGAAAUCGUGUUUUCCAUUCCACCUUUUCAUUUCAAACGAGUUUUUCUUUGUUGAAGUUAUAUUAACAAUAACCAAACUAUAAUAUAGUCACAGGAAUUUAUCAUAAUGUACUCGGUCAACCCCUACUUAAUAAAAUGUUGUCAACACGUUUCUAUAUACAUUAUAGAUGACACACGCCAAAAUCCUUUUUUGCAAGCGCUUUGGCCACAACGAAUUGAACAUUUGUUCUACGGAUUUUUGCCGACCCCCCACCCCCCUAAAAAAUGGAGCGAGCUAGAGAAAUAAAAAUAAAUUUAUUUGUAUUAUAUUUUUGGUUUAAUCACGGGCGGAAAAUAAAAAAUACAUAUAUUGUCUAUGUAAAAUGAUGUGUUUUGCCAAAUAAAUGCACGAUAUCUUCAAAAUACCAGUACAAGAUCAUUUAGUAGUAAUAAGUGAGUUUAGCCCUUAUCAAAUCUUUGUAAAAAUAAAUAAAGAAAUCUCCAAUAGCUGUUCUGCUUACUCACACCAGGUAGUGAUUACUUAAAUUUAACACGGUACACUGUAGUUACAACAUGAAACAAUAAAUAAUACAAUAAAUAACAAGCAUAAGCAGUGAGUUUUCUUCGCGUUAUACAUUACAGCCUUUAUCUUUUUGAUUGGGGAUAGAGUGCGAUAAACCAUGAAAUUGGGAAAAUUGAAUCAGUAUUAUUAUGAUUAUAAAUAACAGUUAACCAAUUGUUACUAAGUGCAUGCUCAACUGCUGUGUAAAAUUUAUAUUAUAAAACUGCUAGAGAAUUAAACUGCUGUAUGAUUAACUCAA